AUGGGUGUUUCGCUGUGGAGGCUGAUUCUGGUGUCACUUGCUGGGAUUUUCUUCUCUCCUAAACAUUGUGCUUGUGCCUUUGAGAAAGCUCCGAAUUUUACGUUUAUGCACAAUGCAACCUCUGCACCAAACAUCUCCUACUACGACUACAUCGUAAUUGGUGGUGGAACCGCUGGGUGUCCUUUAGCUACGACCCUAUCCCAAAACCACAGCGUUUUGCUGCUUGAACGUGGAGGGUCACCUUAUGGAAACCCCAACAUAACCAAUUUAGCUGCCUUCGGUGCUGCGCUGUCGGACACGUCACCUACCUCUCCCUCUCAGCGUUUCAUCUCCCAAGAAGGCGUCAUUAACUCAAGAGCUCGCGUCCUUGGUGGUGGAAGCUGUUUGAACGCUGGCUUCUACACUCGCGCAAGCCCUCUCUACGUAACGGAAGCUGGUUGGGAUGGAAGGUUAGUAAAUGAAUCGUACCAAUGGGUGGAACGAGUGGUGACAUUCGAGCCACUUAUGCGGCAGUGGCAAUCAGCUGUGAGGGAUGGAUUGUUGGAAAUUGGAGUGUUGCCUUACAAUGGUUUUACUUACGAUCAUAUUAUUGGGACUAAGGUUGGGGGAACCAUCUUUGACCAGCAAGGUCAUAGGCAUACCGCUGCUGAUCUUUUGGAAUAUGCUAACCCAAAUGGAAUUACUCUACUUUUGCAUGCCACCGUGCAUAGGAUCUUAUUUAGAAACAAAGGUGGAUCAAGGCCAGUGGCAUGUGGAGUAAUAUUUAGGGAUGCAUCAGGGGCAGAACACAGGGCAUACUUGAAGCAGGGGUCAAGGAACGAGAUCAUUGUGUCAGCUGGUGCACUUGGAAGCCCACAGAUUCUGAUGUUGAGUGGAAUUGGAGCAGCACAUCACCUGAGGGAACACAACAUUAACGUUGUAUUGGACCAACCCUUGGUAGGACAGGGAAUGUCAGAUAACCCAAUGAAUGCUAUCUUUGUCCCAUCUCCUAUCCCCGUUGAGGUAUCCCUCAUUGAGGUUGUCGGCAUCACAAACUUUGGAAGCUAUAUUGAAGCCGCCAGUGGUGAAAACUUUGCCGCUGGAAUGUUUUCCCCCAAGAUUGGUCAAUUCUCGAAGGUGCCCCCAAAGCAAAGGACACAAGAAGCACUGGCAAAAGCAAUAAAGAUGAUGGAAAGCCUUGACCAGGCAGCAUUCAGAGGGGGAUUCAUUCUGGAGAAAAUCAUGGGUCCAAUUUCAACGGGUUAUUUGGAGCUAAGAAACAGUGAUCCAAAUGAGAACCCAUUGGUGACCUUCAACUACUUCCAAGAACCCAGGGACUUGGAGAGAUGUGUCCAAGGCAUGCGCACCAUUGAGAAAAUACUCGAAUCCAAGGCUUUCUCUCCAUUCAGAUACCAAAAUAUGCCGUUGUCCGUGUUACUUAACAUGACUACAAGUUCCCCGGUGAAUUUAUUACCUAAACACACGAAUGCUUCAACGACUCUGGAGCAGUUCUGCAGAGACACUGUAAUGACCAUAUGGCACUAUCAUGGGGGCUGCCAAGUUGGGAGAGUUGUUGAUCGUGAUUAUAAGGUUCUUGGUGUGGAUGCACUGCGUGUUAUCGACGGUUCUACCUUUAAUUAUUCUCCCGGAACUAAUCCUCAAGCCACUGUUAUGAUGCUUGGAAGAUAUAUGGGAGUAAAAAUAUUGAGAGAGAGACUUGCUGGCGAUGAAAAAGACUAA